AUGCAAGACUGCCAACAUGCAGCAGCAGCAAGUGCAGCAGCAGCGAGCUGCAGCAGCAGCAAACUGCAGCAGCAGCAGCAACUGCAGCAGCAGCAGCUACGGUCCUCCAGCAGCACCGGGAGGCAUAGCUGCUCCAGAUUGGAACAGCAGCUGCUGCUGCAGUUGCAGCAGCAGCAGCAGCAACAGCAGCAGCAGCAGCAGCAGCAGCAGUUGCUGCAACAGCAGCAGCAGAACGUACCUCACGGGCUGCAUGGGGACUCCGUUUUUUGUGCCCACAUCUUCAAUCUGCAGCAGCAGCAGCAGCAGCAGCAGCAGCAGCAACAGCAACAGCAACAGCAGCAGCAGCAGCAGCAACAGCAGCAGCAGCAGCAGCAGCAGCAACAGCAGCAAGAGCAGCAGCAGCAGCAGCAGCGACAGCAACGGCCGUGA